AUGCAGAGUCCUUUAUCCUUGGGCUUCAGCUCCUUAAAAGUGUUUCCAUGGGGAAACACCACAUUCACGCUGUGGAUCGACGAUACACCAUUCUCAUUAGAUUGUAGAUAUGGUACCGGCUGUAGUGCCACUCCGCUAUAUCGAUAUUACCGCUCCGCGAGUCACGGCCAGUGUUAG